AUGAAUUCAUUUUUUGAUGGCCAUGUCAAUUCCAAGACUAUCUUGAAGCAAUUUGUUGAGCAAUAUGAAAAUGCAUUGAGAAGCAAGGUGGAAAAAGAAAACUAUGAAGAUUUCAAGUGUUUCUCGUACAGUCUUCCCGGUGCAACUCAUUACAAUAUGGAAAAACAAGCACAAGACAUUUACACAACUUCGAAGUUCAAAGAGUUUCGAGAUGAAUUGACAGGUAAAAUGUAUUGUGACUUUAUUUCUGUUGAAGUGGAUAAUUCAAUUUCACAAUACAUAAUUUCUGAAGAUAUCAAGAUUGGGGAGAUGAACAAAGUUGUUCACUUUCAGGUUUCAUUCAAUGAUGAGAAUGAUGAAGUUAACUGCAAUUGUUGCCUCUUUCAGUUUAGAGGUAUAUUGUGCAGACAUGCAAUAUAUGUUUUAAUUCGUCAUAAGAAAAACAUGAUUCCAGAUAAAUGUAUCAUGAGAAGGUGGAGGAAGGAUGUGAAAAGAUGUCACACAAGGGUUCAAAUUAGUUAUGGCGGAUGGGAUGCUAGGCCUGAGUCACGAAGGCUUGACAUGAUGCAGAAGAAUUUUGACGACAUUAAGGACUCAGCAUAUGAUUAUGAAGAUAAGUGCAUGAUUGUUAUGACUUGGUUGAAUAACCUAAAGGAAGAACUGUCCAAACAUGAGUCCAAGAACUCUGGUGCUUGUGGUGGUGCUGAACCAGUACCAAGUUCACCUGUCAACAGAAACGUGAGUGACGCUGAUGGAAUUUCAAAUCCAAGUCAACAUAUACUUACUCCAUUGGUAAAUAAGAGAAAGGGUCGCCCACCAUCUAAAAGGAAGAUGUCUAAGGUCGAGGAAGAAGUAAGAAAGAAGCGAAAAAGAGAACAAAAGAAAAAAUGUGGCGAGACUGGUACUAAUGAAGAACUAGGAGCAAAGGCAUGCAACUUAAUUGUGUAA